AAAGAAACCCGAUCGCAAAGACAGGCGGCUGCAGCAGCGGCUGCUCUGGAACAGGACGGAGAUGAGAGCGCUGCGACGUCUAACAAGAAGACGAAAUAUCAAGGUGGUUUAGUUUUCGAGCCCGAAAAAGGUCUUCACAAGAACUAUAUAUUGGUCAUGGAUUUCAACUCUCUUUAUCCAUCGAUUAUCCAGGAGUUCAACAUCUGUUUCACCACUGUCAACCGAUCAAAUUUGGGAGACAACGAUCUUCCUAAUGUUCCUCCAUCAGACGUUGCGCAAGGAGUUCUCCCACGCCUGCUUCUGCAGCUGGUCAACAGGCGUCGGGAGGUCAAAAAAUUGCUGAAAGAUCCUCGAGCAACAGCUGUGGAGAAGGCUCAAUAUGACAUCAAGCAACAGGCAUUAAAGCUGACUGCAAACUCAAUGUAUGGUUGUCUGGGUUACGUCAACUCUCGUUUCUAUGCCAAGCCGCUCGCGAUGCUUGUCACUAACAGAGGAAGAGAGAUUCUGAUGGAUACGCGUCAGCUAGCAGAAAGCAUUGGAUUGCGCGUUGUCUACGGAGACACCGACUCUGUCAUGAUCGACACUGGUUCAGAUAACUUCCAGGAAGCUAUAAAGAUCGGUGACGAUUUCAAAAUGAAGGUCAACGAGCGGUACAGAUUGCUCGAGAUCGAUAUUGAUAAUGUGUUCAAACGGCUCCUGUUGCACUCGAAAAAGAAAUACGCAGCAAUGAACGCUAGCAUGGAUGGUUCAGGUCUCGAAAAGACAGUCUUGGAGGUCAAAGGGCUGGAUAUGAGACGUCGUGAAUUUUGCCCGCUUUCAAAAGAGACCUCCACAUUUGUUUUGGAGAAAAUCCUGGGCGACGCAGACCCCGAGGAUGCCUUAAAUGAGAUCUACGCUCACCUGGAAGAUGUCAGGAACAAGCUGAUAGACAACCAGAUUCCGAUGCACAAGCUCACCAUAAAUACGAGAUUGUCCAAAGAUCCGGAGCAAUAUCCCGGAGGCAAGUCCAUGCCAGCUGUUCAAGUGGCGCUGAGACUCAGAAAACAAGGCAAACUCGUUCGUGCCGGAAGCGUCAUGACCUUUGUGGUUACAGACAAAGGACACGACGACGGAGACUCUGUUGCAGAUCGCGCGCGUGCUAUAAGUGAAAUUUUAGCCAACCCUUCUCAGUACAGACCUGAUCCCUAUUACUAUCUGGAGAAACAGAUUUUUGCUCCAAUAGAAAGGCUUCUGGAACGGAUCGAGGGCAACGAUGUUGUGCGAAUGGCAACCGCUCUUGGGCUGGAUGCUCGCAAAUACGAGGCUCGUGCAAGAUUUGUGCAAGAUCGCGUUUCCGCUGAAUUGCAACCAUUGGACUCAACAAUUUCAGAUAGUGAGAGGUUCCGUGAUUGCAAGCCGCUGGCUCUGAGAUGUACGUCUUGUGGCGUGUCUUUUGAAUUUGGCGGAAUCCAGGCGUCCAAGAAAUACCAGGUCACCUUUUCCGGAGUCAAGUGUCUGUCGUGUCAGCACGUCUUGGCACCACUGGCUAUCUCUUCCCAGUUGGAACACUUUUUGCGCCGCGAGAUUUCCGCCUACUACGCUGGUUGGCUUGUCUGCGACGACUGUGGUGUCAAGACACGCCAGGUUUCUGUUUACGGAAGACGGUGUAUCGGCAAAAACGGCAAGGCCUAUGGCUGUAAGGGUAUCAUGAGAUAUACUUAUCCGGACAAACAGCUCUACAACCAGUUACUAUACACAAUGAGCUUGUUCGAUGUCGAUAAAGCCAAGAAACGCCUGCUGAAGCCACUGACGGCCGAUCUUGGAGUUGAAGACAAGGAAAACAAAGUUUUGCCCAUGAACCAGGGAGAGCUGGAUGCGCUCGUGGAACAGAAUAGGGAGUCAUUCAGAACAUACCAGAGGGUGGUUGACAAGUACCUGACAGAGUGUGGACGCCGCUACGUCGACAUGGGUGGAAUUUUCGAGUUUAUGAGUGUAUUUAAACGAGAGUAA